AUGAUAUUGGGGAGGGUGCGAAGCUACAUUGGAUCGGUCCCCGAAAGCGGAGGCUUCAGCUUACCCAUCAACCCUCUUGUACACUUGAAUUUCCUGUACAGGGUCCAGAAGGAUCUUCAGGCAUCUGUGGGAGAUGUCGGUGUUAUUGCAUUUGAAUACUCUUUGGCCCCGGAAGCCCAAUUUCCGACACAGCUCCGUCAAUUCAACGCUGCGAUCUCCUUUUUGAUCUCAAAAGGCAUCAUGCCUGCGAACAUUGUCCUUGGUGGUGAUUCCGCUGGCGGAAACAUCGCCUUUCAAAUCGCGUCCCAUAUCAUGCACCCUCUUCCAAACUUCCCUGCGCCUGCAACAUCCGGUCCUUUGGCGGGCGCGCUUCUCAUCUCGCCUUGGAUCACCUUUGAUGACCCGUUGCCAUCGUUCGUCGAGAAUGACAGGCUUGAUACUCCCAACACCAACUUUUUCAACUUUCUUGCAGACCAAUUCCGCUCUGGGAUUACACCAGAGACUCGCGCUUAUUUUGAACCUUUCGCGGCCAACGACUCUUGGUGGAUUGGCUUGGAGAAGGUAUUUCCACGCAUCAUAUGCUCCGCUGGGGAGGUGGAGUGCCUGCGCGACUCGAUCUUGGCGUUUGGAGAGACACUGAAGAAGUAUGUGAAAGACACGACUAUAACGCUCGAGAAGAAUGGUGUUCACUUGGAUGUUCUGAGAUUUGCAGUAGGACAGGGUGGAAAGAGCGAUGGUUACAAGGUGGACAUCGAAUGGCUUUCCGACACGUUCAAGGGGCAGCGUUAAUUCUAUGUAUUCGUCGUGUGCGGUCUGUACCUUCGUCGCAUAUGACGUUCGUUAUAAUGUGGUUGAUAUAUCUGGGUGUCGUGGUUCUCCUACAUAUCUUUGUCCAAAUCUAACUGACUGCUGUCGCCUCGCUCGAGCAUGAUCUCCACUAGGCGAGUUGGGAGAUCAACUAUUUUUUACCUCGUGACCCAUGUUCACCGAUCAGGUGAUGACCAUGGCAUCCGAGUUUACAAGUAUGCCGAUUUCACUCCUCUCGCCCGGGCAAUAUCACGGCCACUGAGCCAUCCGAGUUCGGAUAAGCUACACUAAUGCAUUUGGAAUACACGGUCUCAUGAUGCUCACAACGCGGAAGAUUCAUUUACCCCAACUGGCGCCGUCGAUAAUCCAUGGGCAAAUGCAGCAUCAGAAGCGGUAAAUAUGUGCUGCUGACCCCUGUUGGUGGGUGCUCUUUGCGCUUCGUGUUCCGUUAGCUAGUAGACCGAAACACAACCAGCCGGCUUCUUCCAUCUGCUCGUGGUUUAUCCUGGUUAUAUCUGGAAGGUUACUAUGUGACCGAUGGGCUUGUAUAUAAAGAGAGACGAUACCAGGAGGAUCCAAAACA